GCCCCUCCAUGGAGCGCCCGGCAGUCGGCGUGGCGGGGUGCGGCACUUGAGGGAGGGACCCCGCGCCGCCGCUCGGGAUGGCCACCGCGGAGCGGCUGUACGAGCUCUGGAUGCUGUACUGCAACAAGAAGGACCCAGACUAUCUUAAGUUGUGGCUGGAGAGCUUCAUCGCCACAUAUGAAAAGUUUCUGGAUGUUGACUUUGAAAAGCCUCCCACAAGAUUGGAUGAAGUCCCGCCAGGCCUGUCCUUGCUGCCUGAUAACAUUCUGCAGAUCCUGAGGCAGCAGCUUGUGCAGUGUAUGCAGAAGCUGUCGGAUGGGCUUGAGGAGGAACAACAGACCCUGGCACUGAUUCUCGUCAAAUUUCUCAUCAUCAUUUGCAGGAAUCUGGCUAACGUUGAGGAGAUUGGAACAUGCUCCUACAUUAAUCAUGUUAUUACUAUGACAACAGUCUACAUUCAGCAAUUGAAGAGCAAGACGAAAGAAAAAGAAAUGGCAGACCAAACAUCAGCUGAAGAUUUUGCAAGACAUGCUCUUACCUUCUGCGAGAGCCUUUAUGACCCAUAUCGAAACUGGAGACAGCGAGCAGCUGGUGAGGUAGCCAGUGUGGUGGAGAAGAGCAGACAGAAGUACAAGGCAGCUUCCCUGACUGUGGAGUUCAUUCCCUUCUUUUACCAAUGUUUCCAAGAAAGUGAGCAUCUCAAGGAGAGUCUCAAGUGCUGUCUGCUCCACCUCUUUGGUGCUAUUGUUGCUGGAGGACAGCGUAAUGCGCUCCAGGCAAUCUCUCCAGCUACAAUGGAAGUCCUGAUGCGGGUUUUGGCGGACUGCGAUUUAUUGGAUGACAAGGAUCCGGAUGAUGUGAGUCAUAAAUUGGAGCUGACCCUGAAAUGCCUGACCGAGGUGGUUCAUGUACUGCUUACCAGCAGCUCUGAUCAGAGACAGGUGGAGAUCAGCACUAUCCUGGAGAACUACUUCAAGCUGCUCAACUCCGAUCACACUGCAUUGCUGGUUAAUCGCAAAUCUCGGAACUGGGAGAGCAGUUUUAUUGCACUACAAAUACAAAUGCUGAAUACAAUUCCACAGAUAUUAAACUGCCCUGACAGACCUGUCCUCCAGGCCAUCUUUCUGAAUAGUAACUGCUUUGAACACCUGACACGACUUAUACAGAACAGCAAGCUAUUUGUAAGUUCUAAGGCAGCAGACAAGAGUGAGAAAGAUCUUGCCAACAAAUUACUGACAGAAAUGAAUGUGAACCAGGUGUUUCAAGGUCGCCUGGAUAUCAUGGCUGUAGCUACGAUCAAAGCUUUGACUGCAGUGAUGCACAAAUCUCCAGCUGCUAAGGAAGUCUUUAAAGAGCGUAUUGGUUACACACAGCUGUAUGAGAUCCUGAAGACCCUGGGUGAACCAUCACGAGAUCUGCUGAAGGAGCUGAUGAACAUGGCUGUUGAAGGUGAACACACCUCUGUUGGGAUGCUGGGGAUCAACAAUGUCCAACCACUACUACUGCUCAUUCAGUGGCUCCCAGAGAUGGACUCGUUUGAGUUGCAGAUUUUUAUCUCUGACUGGCUGAAGAGGAUCUGCUGCAUCAACCGGCAAAGCCGAACAUUCUGUGUGAACGCCAACAUAGUGAACCGGAUCCUAGAGACUCUGAACUGCCACGCCAACCUGCACCGCACAUGUGCGGAGAAUUUAAUCACACUGCUGGGGUCUUUGGGCAGCCAGUCGCUCAGCUCAGGAGAAAUAUUCCAGUCAAUGAGGUUACUAAGGACCGAUGAUCCUAAACAACCUCAUCCCUAUGUGAUUCCUAUGACGUGUGCAAUGCUGGGCAUGGCCCGGAAACAAGGCUUGGAUAAUGCACUACAGUAUUUUAACUUGUCCCAUAGCAUGGCAGGGAUCAUGGUGCCAACUAUUCAACGCUGGCCUGGUUAUGCCUUUAGCUUCUAUGCAUGGAUGUGUCUUGAUCAGGAUCAACGUACUAGUGGACAGUUCAACAAAGGAGGCAAGAGGAAACAACUUUACAGUUUUUUCACAGCCAGCGGGACUGGAUUUGAAGCAUUUAUCACCUCCUCAGGAGUUUUGGUGGUAGCAGUGUGUACAAAGAAGGAAUAUAUGACCGUCAUGUUGCCUGAUCACUGCUUCUGUGAUUCCCUCUGGCAUGGUAUUGCAGUGCUGCAUGUACCAGGGAAACGUCCCUUUGGACACAGUCUGGUGUACAUCUAUGUCAAUGGGCAGCAAAAACUUUCUGCACCUCUUAAAUGCCCUACUUUUAAUGAGCCUUUUACCUCGUGUUGUAUUGGAUCAGCUGGUCACCGGACUACUACCCCUCCUCCCUCUCAAAUCCCAGACCCUCCGUUCUCGUUGUCUGCCUCCUCCGGACGAUCAUCUUUGGGCGCGAUGCUUUCCUCUCCGACCUGGGGUGGUCUCCUGGGAAAACCCGAGUCAGUCACAAAACUGAUUUCGGCAGGAACUCAGGACAGCGAGUGGGGAUCCCCUACUUCCCUGGAGGGUCAACUUGGAUCUGUUCUGGUCUUUCAUGAUGCACUGCAGCCCUCCCAAAUCAAAGCGCUGUAUUUGGCAGGGCCCAACUGCAUUGCCCCAUUCAAAUCUCAGGAUACCGAGCUUGCAGACCUUCCAAAUAAACUGCUUUUGCACUACACUCCGAAAGCCUGCAAGAGUCCCAUCUGCCUUGACUUGUCUCCGAAUCUCUUUCAUGGACGACUGACAGGGCAUAAAGUGGUCAAUUGGGACAUUAAGGACAUGAUUAAUUGCAUUGGCGGGCUCAAUGUUCUCUUUCCAUUGUUGGAACAAAUUAGCAACCUCGAAAGCCAGGUCACUGAGAAAAAUGGAGAUGGUCGUGGGGCGGUUGACUUUGUGAGUCCUGACGUAAAUUCUCCUUCAGAAAGUGACUGGGUGGUGGUUCCAUCGACUAGAGCUUCUGAGGCAAGGCUGGAAAAGAACGUCAUAGCUACCUUUCUCCUUACUAUAAAGCAUUUUAUCCGAAGACAUCCCAUCAACCAGGAGAACCUGAUUCACUCCCAUGGAGUUGCCACUUUAGGUGCCUUGCUGCAGAAGGUGUCCAGUGGUUUAGCCGAUGUGAACAUGCUGGUUGCUGUGCAGUUACUGAUUGAGCAAGUGAGCAUAGAGAAGAACACACAGCUUCUACAUCAGAUGUACCAGUUCCUGCUCUUUGAUUUUCGUAUCUGGAGCCAUGGAGACUUCCCGUUCCGAAUAGGUCAUAUUCAAUAUUUGUCCACUAUCAUCAAAGACAAUCGAAAGUUGUUCAGGAAGAAGUAUGGUGUGCAAUUCCUGCUGGAUACUAUCCGUAUGUAUUAUGGCAACUCGAAUAAAGACAGUGACCUGUCCUUGGAUGAUGUAAAGACAAUACGGGCUUCACUUUAUGGACUCAUUAAGUACUUCAUCAACAAAGGGGUCACCCAAGAGGAGGUCCAGAGCAUCAUAGGAUAUAUAGCUGCUAUAAAUGAUGAGGAGCAGCUCUGUGGAAUCUUGGAGAUUCUGCUGAACCUACUGCAGACGAGUACAGCUCGUGACCAGCUCUUCCUGCUGCUCUUUGAACCAGGCCAUGCCGACAUUCUCUACUCGCUGCUGCUGAACAGCAAGUACUCUGACAAGCUGCGGGAGCUUGUUUUCAAGAUGUUCGAGCGAAUGCUGAAAUGUGAGAAGGUUUAUGAAAGGAGCAAGCAGCGCAUGAAGCUGAGGGAGGUCGGUUACUCCGGUCUCGUCAUGCUGCUAAGUGAUGUUCCCAUCACCAUUUCCCUCGUCAAGAACCUUUUGCAACAAAUCCUGCAAGCAGAUACUGUGGUGAAUUACAAAGACCUCAUGGCAGUGGUGCAUCUGGUUCACAAAGCGAACAUUAACGUGAGACUUGCAGUUUGCAGGAAGAUCUAUCGACUCUUACAGUCCCAGCAGGAAGCAGCCCAGCAGCUGGCGAAGCAGGUUGCCUGGCAAGAAACACUUGUGCGAUUAUUCCUGAAAGAGAACGCAGAGAACAGGGACAGCGCUGGGGCAGACAGCUUAAGUCCCAAUAGUUUGGACCUCAGUAGGCAAGCAGAUCCCAGGCACUCAGAACGCUUGAAAAACAUCAACGUAGGGUCUCCGAUGAGGGAAGAGGGUAGACUGUUGGACAACGAUGCAGCAGACGACAAUGUGUCUAAAUUCUUUGGUAAUAAAAGCUUUGAUGGACUGGCUGACAAUAAAUCCAUUGACUCAAGCCAUUCUUCUGAAAUCCUGGUGGAAGAUGAAGUUUCUAUCGGCUCUCCUCUUACAGAAAGUUUAGAGGGAGCUCAGGCCCAGACUGAGAUUUGGCCUCCCAAAAUGAGGGAUCUGAUCUUGGACUUGUCAAGCACGGUUUCUUAUGAAAUGGGAGACAGUGAAAGCCAAACACCAGGAAGCACGACCAGCACCCCAUCUCCACUGGAGAUGGCCAAACCAUUUCCAGGCCACCACUUUGACAGGGAAUCCAGCACUUCAGAUGAGUCAAGUUACUUAGACGACGCCUCGAUUUACGACACUUUUGGAAGUAGAGAGAAGUGCGAGGAAGAGUUGAGUCGAAUCCUGAUGGACAUGCUGCUUUGCAUCAUGUGGCGUGGGCUGGAUGGGUCAGAUGAUGCCUCUUGGAUUGAACGAGGACAGGUCUUCUCAGCACUGACUAAACUGGGGACAGCAAACGAGUUGCUUUGUCCAUCAGAUGAAAUUAAACUAAACCUUCUUGAAAAGAUGUUGGAGUGGACCGUGACUGAUAACAGGGAGGCAACAGCAGUCACGCUUCCAAUUCACACUGAGAAUGCAGUGCGAUUGCUGCAUGUUGUUCAGGACUUUCUUCAGGCUGAGGGGCUGGUGAAUCCUGCUAUGUGGACUGAUAAGCUUUUGGAGGAGAUGGUGACGCUAAUGGAUAGCUUGUUGGUGUGGUACUCAUCCGGCCCAGAAUGGAUGCAACUCUCGCAGGUGGGCGUGCGGCUUCUCCUUGGCUUCAUCGCACAAGAUAACAUACAGGUGUGUGCCAUGGCGGCAGCGAAACUCAACACAAUACUUCAGACUAAAGUCAUUGUGAACCGAGAUGAAGCUUGUUUCCUUUUAGGGAAGCUGGAGGGAACCCUGACCAAGUCCAUCAAGGAGAAAACCGAAACGUAUUCCUUCCUGAUCCCAAUCAUACGGACUUUAGUGUCCAAAAUCUACGAGCUGCUAUACAUGAAGUUGCACUUACCCUCUCUCCCCCAAAGCAACGGCAGCCCUUCUUUCUUUGAGGACUUUCAGGAAUACUGCAAAUGCAGUGAAUGGCGGGAUUACAUUGACAAAUAUAUCAUUCCUUCAAUGAAGCAGUACGAAGUGGAAAUGUUCAGCAAGGGGCACGAGCGCAUGGCAAUCUUCUGGAAAGAAUGCUAUGAGACAAUGAUGGUGAAUUUACACAAAAGAGAUCGUGAAAAGGGGGAGAGCAAGCUCAGAUUCCAGGAGUAUUUUGUUGAACCAUUCACUCGAAAAGGCAGGCAAGAGAACCUGCGUUACAACAGCAUGUUAAAGCAACUCAACAGCCAGCACACAGCAACAGUGAGGCAGUGGAAGGCUGGCCAACACUACCUAACCUGUGAGAGAGGACCAUGGGCUGACAAAAACCAGGCUGCUGUCUACUGGAAGUUGUCCAGUGUGGAGAAUUAUUCCCGCAUGAGGCUCAAGCUGAUCCAGAACUACAACUUCGACCCCCAUUCCGAUGCAAGUGCAUUACGCGAUAAUCUUGGGGUCCAGCAUACUGUUCCUACCAAUGACACCUUGCUGCUGGAGGCAGUGAAACAAGUCAAGGUCAGUGACUUGCAGGAUGAUCGAUUAGCAGAUGAAGACCUGAGUGUUCUCAGUAACAUGAAUGAGAAAGAGGAACCAAGUCAGAAGGAGAAGCUGGUCAUCUCCGAGGACUGUGAACUAAUUACCAUCAUGGAUGUGGUAGCAGGCCGCCUGGAUGUCACCACCCAGCACAUCUAUUUCUUUGACGCUAGUGUUGAGAAAGAGGAAGGGGUCGGGUAUGACUUUAAGUGGCCGCUCUCCCAACUCCGUGAGAUUCACUUGCGGCGAUACAACCUAAGAAGGUCGGCGCUGGAAAUCUUUCUAAUCGACCAAACCAACUACUUUUUGAACUUCAAAAAAGAGGUGAGGAACAAAGUCUACAGCCGGAUAUUGUCCCUCCGGCCUCCAAACCUUUAUGGCACUCGAUCACCCCAGGAGCUGCUGAAGGCAUCAGGGCUCACACAGAAAUGGGUGACCAGAGAGAUUUCAAAUUUUGACUACCUCAUACAAUUGAAUGCAAUUGCGGGAAGAACGUACAACGACCUGGCCCAGUAUCCUGUGUUUCCUUGGAUUCUCAAUGAUUACACUUCAGAGGAGCUGGAUUUAAACAACCCUUCAGUCUUCAGAGACCUCUCCAAACCAAUUGGAGUUGCUAACAAAAAGAAUGCCAAAGUAGUCCAAGAAAAGUUUGACUAUUUUGAGGACCCAACAGGAACAAUCGACAAAUUCCACUAUGGGACACACUACUCCAAUGCAGCUGGUGUGAUGCACUACAUGAUUCGAGUGGAGCCCUUCACAAUGUUACACAUCCAGUUACAGAGUGGCAGGUUUGACUGUGCAGACCGGCAAUUCCAUUCCAUUCCCGCAACGUGGCAAGCGCUCAUGGAAAAUCCCAAUGAUGUGAAGGAACUCAUUCCGGAGUUCUUCUACUUUCCUGAAUUCUUAGAAAAUCAGAACAGAUUUGACUUGGGGCGCCUACAGAUUUCCAAGGAACGAGUCAAUGACGUGAUACUUCCAAAAUGGGCCAACUCUCCCGAGGAUUUCAUUUACAAGCAUAGGAAAGCCUUGGAGUCCGAGCAUGUGUCUGCUCACCUUCAUGAGUGGAUUGACCUGAUAUUUGGAUAUAAACAGAGGGGACCAGCUGCAGUUGAGGCACUCAAUGUUUUCUACUACUGUACUUAUGAAGGAGCUGUUGACCUGGAUGCAAUAGCAGAUGAGAAAGAGCGCAAGGCACUGGAAGGGAUGAUCAGUAAUUUUGGACAGACUCCUUGUCAGCUCCUCAAGGAACCACACCCAUUCAGGCUGCCUGCUGAUGAGGUUUUGAAACGACAAGCCAGAGUGGAUAAUUGUGUUCUGAAUGUCUUCCAGCACCUCACUGAACUGAAGUCAUUCUUUGUGGAGGGGAUCAGUGACAAUAUUCCAAUAAUGAAAGCAGUGGUGCCUAAAACCCAAGCUCGUUCGUUCAUGUCUCAAGGAAGCCCUGAUAUCCUGGUUACUUUGAGCCACAACUGCCUGAUAGGAACACAUGGAUGGCUGCCUUAUGAUAAAAACAUUUCCAAUUACUUCACAUUUAUCCGGGACCCAACUGUAUCCAAUCCAAAGACCCAGCGCAGUGUGAAUGGUCCCUUUGCUCCAGGCCUGGAGAUGAGCUCAAAGUUGUUUGUCAUAUCGCAUGAUGGGAAACUGCUGUUCAGUGCAGGUCACUGGGAUAAUAGCGUUCGUGUGACAUCAGUUACAAAGGGCAAGCUUGUCGGGCAACAUGUCAGACACAUGGAUAUUGUGACCUGUUUGGCGACUGACUACUGUGGCAUCCAUUUGAUAUCAGGGUCGCGUGACACAACAUGUAUGAUCUGGCAGAUUUUGCAGCAGGGAGGAAUACCUGUUGGCCUUUCACCAAAACCGGUGCAGAUUUUGUAUGGCCACAUGGAGGAAAUAACCAGCGUCACUAUUAGUACAGAACUUGACAUGACUGUUUCAGGCUCCAAGGAUGGAACUGUGAUCAUACACACUAUUCGGAGAGGACAGUACAUGAGGACUCUGCGACCACCAUGUGAGAGUUCACUUCCCAUUUCAAUUCCCAACUUGGCCAUGUCAUGGGAGGGACACAUUAUUAUCAACACCAUCAUAGAAGGAAAAUCCAAUCUUAAGGAUAAGAAUGCUCUACAUUUGUACUCUGUGAACGGGAAGCACUUACAGAGUGAGAUGAUAAGGGAGCAGGUGUCUGACCUGUGUGUCAGUGGAGAACAAAUUGUUCUGGGCAGCGUGGAAGGAUUUCUGUCAAUACGAGACUUAUACAGCUUGAAGCUCAGCGCUGCUCCAUUGGCAAUGCGGUUGCCAAUCCACUGCGUGUCAAUCACAAAAGAGAACAGCCACAUCCUGGUGGGGCUGGAGGAUGGCAAGCUGAUCAUCGUGGGAGUGGGGAAGCCAGCUGAGAUGCGUUCAGGGCAAAUUUCCAGGAAACUCUGGGGUUCGAGCAAGCGUCUGAAUCAGAUCUCAUCCGGGGAGACGGAAUACCAUCCUCAAACCCAACCCAAGUGAUGGAACUGGAGGAGUGAAGGGAAAGCCUGCGGCUCACUAGCCAUUUUUUCUUCUUUUGUUUUUGGUUUCUUUUGUUUUUGGUUUUUGUCUCGGAUUGCUACCUAAAUGAAGCUAUGCAGCAAAUCUGCAUGUUGAUUUCUGAUCAUGUAAGACAUUGUGUUUCAAUGGGACUUUUCCUCUGGAGAUUUUCUCCUAAGGUGGAGAUGAUGGACCCAAAUUGUACCCCAAAAAAACAGAGUUGGUUGCGUUUUUUUUAAAUAUCAAAAUGUUUUUAUCU